AUGAGAAAAAGGGCCGAGCAGAUAGCGAGAACGGGUAAUAUCCUGAUGGAUAGUGAUGCGAUAUGGCUGGUGAAGUAUCUGGCGUCGAAUCGAGAGUUCUGUCAGUCUUUUGAUAUGUAUUUGAAGCAGCCAGAAGUGCAGAAAGCCGUGCAGCUGCGGAUGAUGGACUCGAAUGCGGCGGUGCGUGAG